CCGCACAAUACUGUGUAAACCCUGCUUGCAAUGCGUGUUGUAUUAUUAUUAUCGUUGGCUUCCAUUGCCGCCGCCUAUCAAUACAUCGAAGGCGAGGUUACAUGGAAUAUUGAUCGACUGGAUGAAACUAAACCUGUGUGGCCAAACUGGAAUAAAGAUCUGGCAGAUUAUGACCCAUUCGAUACUGGUGCAGGUACUGUAGUUUACAUUGUUGGAACUGGAAUACAUAAUGUUCAUAACAACUUUGGGCCAGGACUUAUACGCCAGUCAGUAACCUAUGAUUUCGACCCAGACAAUGUGCCUCAAGGUCAGGAUACUGAUGGCCGUGGUACUAUGUUAUCUGGCGUAGUUGGUGGUUCAUAUACAGGAGCUGCCGCUGGUGUCGAAUUGUCUACUGUUCGAGUUACUGCCGAUCCAAGCUAUCAAAACUUAAAUGGCACAUAUCUAAUUGAAGGAAUGCAAGCAAUUGUCGAUGACUAUAUCAACAGAAAAACCUUGAAUCCCACAAAUUAUCUUCGUGGUGUGGCACUGGGAGGUAUGUGGUUCGACGUAGCUACACUCGAUCCAGCAUUACUGGAUGUGGUGGAGAACCUAGUUGAUGAAAUGGUAGCAAACGACCUUGUAGUAGUUGUCAAUGUAGGAAUGGGAAAUCAAACAAACUGUACUAACUUCACCCCAGGUAGAAUGUAUGAAACUGAGGGUAUAAUUGCUGUUGGCGGCGUUGAUAGACUGGAUUAUAAAUCCCCACUGUCCAACUAUGGCGAAUGCGCUGAACUUUGGGCACCAAUGGAAGAUAUUUGGAGUUCGUCAAUUGACUUCAAUGACACUGCGAGAGUAGAUUACUAUGCGACUAGCGAACCGGAUAUAUCAUAUGCUUCUGCACAUGUGGCAGGCGUGACGGCUAUCGUUCGUGGUCACUGUCCAGAUGCUCCGAACAACGUUAUUGCAGCUAUUGUUCGUAAUAUGGCUAUAGAGAAUGGUGGGACGGCUCUCAUGCCUGGUACCGACGAGGAAUUGGGUCCAGUCGUCCGUGUUCCUACAACAAAAGAAGUUGACUACAUCCCCGCUUGUUCACUGUAGUUCUUAGACUUGAAAUCGAUGAUUUCUUUAGUGUCGUAAUGUGAAUUAAAUCGUAUAU